UCUGGGAGUUUAGCCCUUGUCGAUAAUGACCGCCCCCUGCCCGCUCCUCCAAGUUUCCACAAGUGAUGUGCGCGCGUAUGCUUUUGAAAGAAUCCGGGGUUUUUAAUUGUCAAUGGCAGUUCUCCCCCAAUGACGUCAGGCGUCCUUUCCGGACUCUUCGGUUUCACGUUUUAAUCUCAUAGCCCCCUUUGACCACCAAGCGAACAGAAAACGUCAAGCGUGCGGCGCGCGAUUUCUACUGGGCCCCUUUACCGUCUCUUUUUUUCCUUUAGGGUUCCUGCAUACUUCGUAGACACGCGCCAUUAGGAAUGCAAAGGCCAUCUUAGGCCCCCCCCCAUCCCGAUCCCUCCUACCUACUUACCUUAAACCCGGGACUUCCCUCCUAGCUGUGUCUCCACGCUUACCCGCACCGCCAUGACAUCUAAAUUCCACAGCAACCCACGUCCUCUUGUUCGACUUCCCCGUCAACGGGCAUAGGAUAUCCCCUGUACCUCACUCACCUCUCACGUCUUUGAGGCCUGCUGAGCAUCCUUUCCGAUCCCGGCAGAUUGAGGACUCUCUAUCCCUCUCCUUCUCCGACAAUGGGUUCAGAAACCAAGAAGAAGGCCUCCACCGAGGACAGGAAACGGCGAUCUGACACGAACCCGCCCAAAACACUCAGGGAACGUUUCCUGCACUCCCUCCCCUACUACACAGGACCCUACGGCGUGGGAUUCCUCGAGAUCGAAGCACCGGUCCGUCAACCGCGCACCUUUUCGGAGCUCAGGCGCCACAAUGUCCCGCUGCUGAGGCUCGAUACCGUCCUCUUCGCCGUCUACUACCCGUGCACCGUAAAGACCCAGACGGACGACCACGCCGCUCCCGAUCAUGAUCAUGGCCAGCAGCAGCAGCAGCAUCACGGCAAGAAGAAUGGAAAAAAGGCCGGCGGUGCAAAGAAGCCGAAGCUCUCACGGGUUGGAUGGCUCCCGCGUCCGCGGGUCCUCACCUGCAAAGGUUACGCCAAGGAGUUCAGCAUUCCGCACCUCCCCGUCACGGCUUACAUCGCCGCCACCUCCAUGUUCACCAAACUCCCCGCGCUGAGAAACGCGAAGCUCGCAGAGCAUUGGCCAGAAGAGAUGCUGGGCGACGAAGGUCCGACGGGUCAGACGGCGAGGAACGAGGAGUCGAGCUCGCGCAAGAAGCCAAAGUUCCCGGUCAUCAUCUUCAGCCACGGCCUGGGCGGUUCGAGGAUGAGCUACAGCUCCAUCUGCGGAGAGUUGGCGAGUUACGGCUUCAUUGUUGUGGCAAUCGAGCACAGGGAUGGAAGCGGUGCGAGGACCUAUGUGAACCUCCCGGAACAUCGGGAGGUGUCCGAUAGCGAAUCUUCCUUGGAGACGGUGAACGCCAAAAAGAUCAAGAACAAGAAGAACGGAAAAGACUCCGGGCAGCACUACUGCGUGGACUAUCUUUUUCCCAAAAAUAACGAGCAGGACACGGCACCGAACAACGAACAGGGCGUUGAUAUGCAGCUACGCGCUGCGCAGAUUGAAAUGAGAAUGACGGAAAUUGAGGAGGCCUUCCGCAUCCUUGGAUAUAUCGACAGUGGUCGCGGGCACGAAGUUGAAGCCAUGAACCUGAGAAAGAAGGGCAAUGUGGCGUCCAGCUCCAAGGGGCUUACAGGCAUCGUGUGGGAUGACUGGAAAGAUAGGAUGUUUCUCGACAACGUGACGAUAAUGGGUCACUCGUUUGGCGGAGCAACGACGGUCGAAGCUUUGCGAACCGAGUCGCUUAGCUGGGUUGGUCAAGGCAUCAUUCUUGACGCUUGGGGCCCGGCAACGCCACGCGCAGGAGAGAACCCCAGUCACCGCGUUAAGAAACCGUUGUUGUCGAUCGGAUCGGAAGCCUUUAUGCACUGGCAAGAAAACUUUGACAGACUUGUCGACGUCUGCAACGAGGCCAGGGGCGAGAACGCACUCACCUGGAUGAUGACGAUCCGUGGGUCGACCCAUCUCUCCCAGACAGACUUUGCAGUUCUGUACUCGACUUGGACAGACUUGUUCAUGAAGACGUUGGUGAAUCCUCUGCGAGCCAUCUACCUGACGAUAUCACCGUCGCUCGAGUUUUUAAAGAUCACGCUACCUCCGGAGCAGACGAAGUACAACACCUGGGUAGACGAGGAAAUCUUGAAAACAACAGAGCCUCCAACCGAACCACUUGCUGUGGUGACGCACGAUCACCGACCGGACGACCAAUGGAUCGCAGUUCGCCUCAAGGUGGACAACGAAGCAACUCUGCGGAUAAAAAGAUGGUUCCGACACAAGAAUCGGGUCUUGAUGGGGAAAGGCGAUGGAUCGGGCAUGCCUUCGGGACUGAUCAGCUGGGAGAAGGGCAAUGAGGUUUGGAUGCACGUGAGCCCGGACCCUGAGUCCGUGGAGGAGCAAAUGCAACGGAACGAGCGGACGACGAGCCGGAAUGCAGCGUAGGUAGGCUCGAUUAGCAUCGCGAUGUGCUUUGUAGAUCUGCAUGUACUUCAUGGGUUGGUUUAAUUGGGUAGCGAAUUUGGUUUAUUGGCGUUUACGAGGCGUAACCGCACCCAUGGUAUCGGGAUGCUUUGAGCACUUAUGGUGCCCUUGUACGAGUAGGGUAAAAGGUUCGUCAGAUAGGACACAGCCUGCGGGCGUCUGCUAAUCAAGAUACAAGCGAUUUCUUGUUGCAAGUCGCUUGCAUAUUUGUGUGGAAGAGUUGCGUAUGGUCCCUCAAUUCAGAAACGUGAUUCCAAAAUCAGCAAUUACUGGGCAACAGCUCUGCAGGCUAUCGGGCGGUCGGACGGCCAAGCCAUUGUCGAUUCAAAGACGGGCUGGUAGAGUGCCUUUCGGCUUCAGCAAGAAGGUCCUGGAGCUUGCUCAUAAUCAAAGCCUGUGCGCUCUGCGCUUUGUCGUGAGAAGAGGGUAGCUUUGGUUUGAAGUAUAAGGCGAGGCUCGGACUCCCUUGCCGAAGUGGACUAGCUCCAGGGACGCCGAUGAACAGCAAUUUUGAUCGAUUGAGCCAGGGGUUGCCCGGUACGGUGACGUGUGGAGAGCGAUGGUGCCGCGACGAAGGGGACCAGGAUUAUGAAAUCCACAGAUUGAAUUGUUGUUUGACCAUCACGUCCGGCUGUGGAUAACGUGGACGGCAGACGCAGGCAGUUGAGGGCAGGCUAGCCUUGUGUGUCAUUCUGGCGUGGGCGUAUGCCACAAUGUCUCCUCGACUAUUUUUGUCUCUUUUGGUUCGUUUCUCGCUUGCGUGCCGGCACCUUCUUUUCGGACGAAGUCGUUGUGUGAGGGCUUUGAGGCGAGCCAAGAAUGGGAGACAGGGAGCCCAUCGAUCAAGGCAUGCAGGUCGGGGUACUUGUAAGCGGUGGUGGUGGUGUGGGAGUGUUUCUGAGUGGACAUUAUGCAGGUGUCAGUUGAUGGGAUGGUGCAAAGUACGAGUUGUGCUGUCAGUGACCACUGAAUUGUGCGUGAUGGUUCGUGCCGACGAGGCGAUCUUGGUUCUAUAACAGAAAUCAUAAACUUUGAUGACGAGAG